CCAUUUACUCUGUUAACAGCUUGCAUUGAAAACUUAAAUCCCCUCAGCUCGGGCAUUAACUUCACAAUGCAAAAUUAUCAAAAGCUAGAUUAAAUCUAAAGUCCUUUAUUUAAUGAAAAGAAAACAAGUUACGUUCAGGUGCUGCAUUACAUUUACUUACACUCAGAUUGUGUACUGCCCUGACUGAACUUGUGUCUGGAUGUUCUGGUCUCCUUCGAGGGACAAGGUGAUAGAGCAGGAAAGACAACUCCGUCAAGCAGCCGAAGAGAGACUUCAGUCUCAUCUUACAGACCUGUACAACAACCCAGAAGUCAACAGAGAGCUGAGGGAGCGCCUCCCACGGGCCGGCAAGUCUGACCCCCUGGACACCAGCCUGACCAUCAAUGACAACAGUGUAGAGGAGGGGUCAGUUGUUGACAGAAUGGAGAAAACUCAGGACACUCCCAAACAGAGCUCUGCUGCAGCUGUUGUCAAUGGGGUGGACCUUUCAGAUAUUGAGAACCAGAUUAUUGCUGAUAAGGAGAACCAGUCUGAUAAGAAGAAGGAAGAGACACCCUCAGCUGCAGCAGCUUCAGAAACAUCUCCAUCAACCUCUUACAGGAGACCUCUGCCUUCCUCCUUUGCCAACUCUCCCACACAAUCCUUCAGUCAAAUUGGAAGCUAUGCCCCCUCCUUCAUUGCCCCACCCAUGUACCUCAGCCAGCCCUACCCUGCUGGCUAUCUCAACCCCUCCUUGUUCUCCUACAACAUGGGGUCCCCCAGAGGGCAGCCAAUUAGGCCCACCUUUACCUCCAGUCUUCAACAGAACACCAGUGUACCAGUUGUAGAGGACAACUUUGCUCCUCAGAAUUCAGCCACUGCCUCCAGUGAACAGGCGGACACUCCUUUAGAAGUGACAGAUCUCAGCUCUAGUCCUCAGAAAGACGCCAAGCCAUGUGAUCAGCAGCCAUCCACUGGUGUGGGGUUCCAGACAGGGUACAGUCCUUUUGCUGCCUCUGGUUUAAGAAGUUCCCCAUUCCUACCUCCUCACUCCUCCAAUGUGCAAUCCUCAAUGACUGGCUAUUUCCCUUCAUUCUCACAUGGCUAUGGUCUCACUGCAUCCAGUAAUCCAGCUGACCAAUCAAAACAGAUAGCACUCCUCCUCUCAGAACUUGAUGCUGCAAAGGCACAAAACAAAAAGUUAGCAGAGAAGCUAGCCCAAGUGGAACAUGACUUGGAGUCAUCCAGACUGAGACUGAAGACCAAAGAGGUCAAUGUCAAGGGCAGCACUGAAGCAUCGGCUGCAGCAGGAAUGGUCCAAGAGAUCCACUCAGCUCAAAGGAAGAGGGAAGAGAGCAUGAUGGGAAGAAUGAAACUGAACUCGCAGGAGAAAGAGGAAGCCCUGCGGAGAUUGAGGGAACUAGAGAGAAGAUUGGAUGAGGGUUAUUCUGACAACACUGACCUGUCCGAUUUUGAUGACCAUGAUGAGGACGAGGUCACAGAGGGUAUUGAUAACUUGUUGUCUCAGAUUGACUCCAACUAUGGAACAGACAAAAAAUAUAACGCCUUCUUACGACGUCUUGAGAUGGUGAAACAACGACAAAGGGAGAUAACUGAGGAAGAGAUGCAUACUCUGUUGGAGGAAAGAGACAUCGCUAUGGCCAGGUCAAGAAAACUAGAGGAAGAAUUGUUGAAAUAUCAAAAAGAAAACACACCAUCAAACAACGAAGAACAUCUGAAGGCACAGAUUGCAAUUCUCCAACAAGAGCGCAACUUGGCAUUUGCGCAAAAUCGACAACUCGCGGAUGAAAUUCAGACGAUACGCAUCUACUACAGCCUCCAUAAAUCCCUCAGCACAGAGUCCCAGUCCUCGGACGAGGUCAACUCACUUCAUCCCUUCAAGUCCUCGCUAAGCAACAACGCCGAGAAAGAGAAGCGCCACCUGCUGGAGCAGCUAUCUGAGGAACGCCGGGAAAAGCACGAGCUGCAGACGGAGCUGGAGAAAAUGGAGUCUCGAGUGGACGAGAGUUCACGAGAACAUGAAAGAUUGAACAACUUGGUGGCAGCUUUACGACGAAAAUUAAAAACUGAGUUGGCAAAAGCAGAAGCUGCUGUUUUGCAAGAAAGGUCAUAAGACAGACAUGCAGUCUUACACACAAAGCGUUCGCUAACUUUUCUUUCUUUCACUAUAUAUAUUAUGAAAGAUAUUUCAGAAGCAAUUUAAUAGUGAUGUGUCAAAUUCAACUUUGAAAACUUAACAUCUAUAUUUUAAGAAAAUUGUAUUUUCUUUAAGUGAUACGAAUACACUAUACAUGAGCUAUACAUGUCCUGUAGUUAUAUAAGUACUACAGUAUGUAAAUAUAAACUUGUUAUCAUUGUGUAUCGGACUUUGACUCCACAGCUAUUGUUUGUCAGCUCUUAAUAUAAAAAUAAGUUAGGUCAGUUUCAUAACAGAAGUUGAUAAUAUACGUCCUUAUUUAUUUGAUACAUAAUCAAUAUUUUUACUGAAGUGUACUUUAAUGAUGUGAUAUAGUAGAAGCAAUAUUAUUGUAACGAGAGGUACUCAUCCUUUAUUAUUAAACUAUUUUUGAUAUGUAUAGAAAUAUAUAUAGAGAUAUAUAUUUUAUACAAUUAUAUAUAUUAUAAUUACUGAUAUGAUUAAUAUUUAUGUAUAUAACUUGGAUAUAUUGUAACAUUUGUAAUCAAUAUACUGGGGGUUUUCUACCUAUAGAACCUAUUCUACAUGUUCUUCCUCUUCAGUGCAAUCUAUUGACUUUUUGUCUGAUGUGCAAAAUAUUCCUUUCAACUUCAUUUACUGCCAUAAAUCUUAUUCAAGUUGUUCAAUAAUUUUUUCAGAGUUAUUUCAUUGUAUUUACAUUUUCAUUUUAGGCGAAUGAAAAGUCAAGCUUACAUAUAUAUACAAAUUGUGUAAUAUUGUCAAGAUGAAGCAUUGGAUAAUAAACAAUGCAAAGGAUUAUUUCAGAUAAGGCUGUGUGAUAUACAUAUUUUAUGUUUUAAGUGAAUUGAAAGUAUUUCUGUAUCUAACUGUGAAAUUCCUUAUUUAUUGUUGAGUCUGUUUUUAUUUUAUUGUUACGCUGCCAUUGAUUUGGUUUGUGAUGCCUCUGAUCUACACACUGUUAUGUCCUCUCUACACAAGCUUUGUCCAUUUCCGUCCCAAAUAUUUAUUCCUCGACAGGUUUGCUUUUACUGUUGAUUGUAUUAGUUGGACUUGUCUCAUGCCUUAUUAUAUUUUACAGAUAUUGAAAAAAGCAUUAUUGUUCUAAACAGAAAACUAAUAAAUUUAUACAACAUUA